AUGGAGGUUCUGCGCCAGGAACUUCUUCAAUACGGAGCUCAGACUAUCAGAGCAGGUGAAAGCUACCAUGCAAGGGAGCGGACAGAUGUGGGGGAAGAGAACGAGGAGGAGCAGCUGAUCGCGCUACGCAUGUCUGGCGAGGAGCAGGUAGCCCAGCGCGUGGUGAGUCGCGUGCUCCAUCUCCAGCAGCCAAGCUGGGAGGGCGAGGGGCCUUUGGAAGCGGCGCCUUAUCUUCUGUGCCUCGGACUGGUUGGCAUAUCCAUUCUGGCUGGCUACAAAUACAGCUCAGUGCACGUCGAGGUUCCUUCUGACUAUGAGUUCGGUAUUGAUCACCAGGAAGCAAUUGUUAAGCUGGUCUACUCUGACGCUACACGCGAAUCUUGCGAAAGAGCAGAUUACAACGUCCCCAUGGCUUUUACCCAGAAUAGCUCUGUGGCAUCAACUCUCGGGCCAUCGCCUUUGGCUUCUGGAGCGGUACUGAGGGUACCAACUGGAGGCACCAACGCUUUGGUGCGCGAGUUGCAGUGGCCACACCUGACGUUUAUGCAUGGUGGAUCUUAUGAGCUAUGCUAUUCCCCUGAUGGUACAUUUGAUGGUGACGAGUGGAAGAACAACAUUGUUCCGGUCCAAAUUACAGUGAUCGGCGUGUCAUCUCAGUGUCUCACAGAUGGCUGCCUAGCCAGGGAACGCUGGGAUUGUUACCUUUUCUAUGGAGGCGAGGACAUUUCCUCAUGCCGAAUCGACUUUCGAUUAUUUGGCGGAGGGCGAGAGGGCUGGUCCGUCCAGCUUGGUGGAGUGAGCCGCAUCUCCUGGUCUCAAAGUUGGGGUGAUGAUGCUUUCGUUGCAGGUGACUUCGUUCCUGCAGCACGCCAAGAGUGCUCAAACGUGAUAACUGGGCAGAGCAUUGUUCCGGAAACUCAGCUCUUUCAAGCCUUCUCUUGGGCACCGCCUUUUGGCUCUGGUUUGAACGCAGAUGCGUCGACAGCAGCAACGCUGCCGGGGUUGAAGUCCGAGUUUGCCACAAAAAGCUUCACCAUCACUGCCUGUUAUUGUCCGAACUAUGAUGGCCCUGACCCCACGACGGAUGCCUGCGAUAACGCCGGCGAGUUCAUUCAGCCAAUUGGUGUCAUCUAUUAUUGGAUGAUUCGCAUUUGCGAUGUGGACACCUACACAUCUUGCGGUUCCACCAGCGAGCCCCCCUUCAUGCGUGUGCUUCCACAGCAGCCCUUUGUCUUGCGCGUCGAAUGCCCUCCGGGAGGCACGUCCUGCUCGCCUGCGAAUGACAAUCGCAUCAAGCUCCUGCCCGGCACUCCGCCUCCAGGUCCAGAUGGGAUUGUUCGGAUUGAGGUGCCAGAACGGGCAAUUUGGGAGCCGCAGUCGCGAUGCAAAAUCGAACAAAGCAUGACGUCCGAUAUUGGCUGGUUCCCGCCGCUGGAGUACGAUGAAUUUGGCUUGCUUUUAGCUGGCGAUGCUUAUCUCCGUGGAGGCGAUCGCCGUGACUACAAGUUCUGGGCAAAUCCCGCAAUGAUGGGCUUGAUGCCAAUGGCAAGCAAGGUAGAAGUUUGCUACUGCGAUGACAAUUGCGCAAACUCCUUCAAUUUUUUCAAGGUGGGUGAAAUCCGUGCGGCAGAGUCAGCAGGUGUUGCACGCUGGACCAAACCUCCGAAUCAGGGAGGCCUGAUCCAGGAGAUUGAAACAGUUCAGUAUGUGACGAAGCCAGGGGCCCUGACUCUUUACGGGGGCAUCCAGUCAGACUUCUCGGACGGAAUGCAUCCGUAUGACAGCAUACCAUGGCGGAAGAAAACAACCUUGAAGCUUGUCCCGUUUGACAACUGGGCAGCCUAUGCGGGUGCGGGCGGAGCCCAGGUCACACUUGAGCAGCAUCUCAAUUUGGACCGGGCCGACUCCGAGGACGUGAAACGGCCAACAUUGGAGAGUCGCAUGGCUUUGAACACUGCAUGCGUCAAUGGCACCUUCAAUGCCGAGUACUACAAUGGGCCUAGCUCAGCAGAUCUGGCAAGGGAGUAUCUUGCCUGGGUCGAACCAGGCCCCUCGAACUACUUGCCAUUCAGCGGUGUCGAGAAUGACCAGAGCUUCAAUGCAUGGAGGUCUGGCGUUUUUCUUGUUUGCUACUGUGCAAUGCUGGAUCCCGAAGACUUGUGCCAAAGUCCAGCUUUCUACAUAAAUGCAGCGCGCCUGAUGUUCCGUGGUCCCAUGACCGACAUUCGGCUGGACCUGCCUUCGAACUUUGUUGUACGAAUUGAUUUGGAAGGAUGGGGCUUUUCAGACACAGACUCUAUCCGCCUCAUCAGCAUGACGCAAACCUGCAGAGAAAACGCCAACGAUCCUCGCGGGGUUGAUGUCUAUCGGCUUGGAUGUCCUGGGCGGAACAGCUCAAGUUGCCGCAAGCCUGACGUGAAGGAGGAUAUUCCUGUCUACGUUAUCUCAGCAGACCGAACCGGAAUUUACAUCACUGAUAUCUCUGUUGGAGAGUCUCAAUCCAUUCUGACCUUCAGUGGCGAUAUCACUGCUGAACUCCUGGACGGUGAUGCGAUCACUAUAGAUGAGUCUUCCAUCAUUCUGAACAACAAGAAUUACACCUUGUGGAACAUCGCCGAGCAACACGUUGUGUCAAAGCUGUCUGGCUUUUACGGAUAUGCUGAUGAGCCCAGCGUGAAGCGGUUAUCCAUCCCUGUUGGCUGGAGCGAUGGCGACGCCCCUCAGUUCAGUUUCGUGCAGGGCAGAGGGCGUUGGGCUCGACGCAACCGUCAGAAUCGUAGGAAGACAGCACCUGUUCUGAUCUUCCUGCAGCUUUCGCAAAUCGGGGGAGUGCAUGCGAAAGAGCUUGCCCAACGGCAUCCUUGCUGCCUUGCUGCGCAGGAAGAGAUAAAAGUUGACUUCUCGGCAACCGUCAAGAUAUGUUGGGGCGCAUUUGACGAGGGUCGCCAGCAGUAUUAUGGAGAAGCAGGUGUCCUGCAAUUUUCUAGUCCCACCUUCAUGGCGGAUGCCGGUGUAUACCUUACAACGAGACUGCAGGGAGGCAUAGGCCAGGCCGUGCUGUCCUUCUCUCCUUCCACUGGAACCACGUUCUACAAGGCUUUCCACACUCCUUUGGUAAGACUUCUUUUUAAGGAGGUAGACUUUAUGCUGGAACCUCUUCUUGCUGGAGCGCUUGAACAGCCGGAUGACCUACAAGCCAUGCCUGACGAACUUCAAGUGGCCAUGGAGAAUGCAACUCAAGCAAUUUGUGGCCAGCUCUUCACUGAGAUGUGGACAAACGAUGAUUUCCUCUUCCUCGUGGAUGUUAUUAUGGACCGCUCUACACAGACGUAG